AUGUUCGCUUGCGUUACACCUGACGUUGAGACUGAAUGCCCAUCGGUUGCGGAACAAGUUCGCAAUAUUUCUGCUUUAGCUCAGGAGAAAAUGCAGCCGCAUUUCCCGUCUUUCGAGACCCUACGGAUGCUUACAAAGGAACGCUGUCCACAGUUGCCCAACGAUUUCGGCACAUCUCGAUGCGUACAUGACAAACUUCAAGAACAGAGUUACGUAGACUGCAUUAAAGUGGUGAAUAAACAAUUUACAACCUCUUCGGAGAAGAUGUCUUGCGUUGCCGUUGAUCAGCGCCUGGCCUGUCUCUCUGACGCAUUGGUCCUAAAAUGCGGGAAGGAAUACUACGACGGUAUUGUCAACAACGCCCAAUACUUCUUCACUGACGAGCCGCUCACCUGUGACCGCAACUUGGCGGCCAUUGUGCAAGUGUCCCUGAUUACUUUUUUCAUGAGUUGCUUGAUCUUAUUGAUUUUAUACUAAAUCGUUUAAGUUUACGUUUAUAUAGGCCAUAUUCCUAGUUUUCACGUACAAAUGUAGUGUGUAUGACAUAUUUUGACAAAUACAAAAUAAGAAGGUAUCUUUGAAGUGGCCAUAGCUAAAUCAAGACUUUAGUGGCUGAACAUAAGCUGAUCAAAGUAUUAUUUAACGGAAUAAACAAAAAUGACUUAUUUGCAAUAUUCAAAUUGUAUAUAAAUUAUUUUAAUUAUAAGGUAAUGGUCAUUUAAUAGUCUGAAACAUUGCACUAAAAACUCAAACUUUUCUUGCAAGCAAACUAUAACUUAACUCGAUAUAAUAAGAAUAAGACUUGCCAUACAAUGGGCAACAUAUAUACAUCAACAAAAAAGCCGAAUUUGUUGAAUUGAUAUCCCCGCUAAAUAAAUUGUGUUUAUUAAUUGAUACAAUAAAUCCUCCCGUAUAAUAUGUAUACACCCGUGGAGUUUAAUGUGAAAAUAGUGUAUAUAAUGUGAGGUAUUAUCCUGGAAAGUUGCAUCAUACUUAACAACUAAUAACAAUUAGUGUUAUUUAAUAAAGUGUAUGAGUAUGUUUUUGUACAUGGCACAUUAUCCCAUUGAUAUGUAUGCACCCGUAAAUGUAAUAUUUAAAUGUUGUAUUGCAUCCCUAAAACGUUACAUCAUUCACACACAACAAAAGGAAAUAUCUCUUAUUUCAGACAGUUAAAGGCUUUGGCUCUGUUUCAUGGCACUUCUCCUCGUUAAUAUUUAUAAUCCGAUGACGUUUCAUGUUGAAAUCGUAAAUAGUUUCUCUCAGAUAUAAAUCUGACACGUUUGUGACAGAUGGACACAAACGGAGAGAAAAACGAACAUCAUAAAGACGGAAACUAUAAAACCUACAACGCUCC